AGAAGGAGGAAGGCACGAACAGUUUUCAGUGACCAACAGUUGUCGGGACUUGAGAGGAGGUUUGACAAGCAGAAGUACCUGUCGACGCCGGAGAGAAUUGAACUGGCCAACCAACUCAAUCUCUCAGAAACUCAGGUAAAAACUUGGUUUCAAAACAGACGAAUGAAACAGAAGAAAACUCACCGCAAG